AAUUAAAUAAAGAGAUAGAAAGAUGAUCACAUAUGGGGGAUUACAUGCAUGUGUAUAAAUUAAGUUGAUUCUUCACCCAUUGUUUUUUUCUCUCUAAACCUCUCUCACCACACUAAAUCUUUCUUGUCACAGCAGUUCAAUCUCAAGAACGAAAAGAAGAAGAAAAUGUCGGGUUCGUCGGAAUGGAGUAGUGGAUGCGAGUCAGGAUGGACUCUGUACUUAGACCAUUCUGUAUCUUCUUCUUCAAGUCCUUCUUGUUUCCGAGACACCAAUGGGUUUGAUAACAUAAGAAGCAAAGAUUCAUGGAGCCAAAAUUAUGUGCAUCAAGAAGAAGAAGAUUUGUCAAUGAUUUCAGAUGCAUCUUCUGGUCCAAGGAAUAUUUAUGAGGAAGGUUCUGUCAAAAACUUAAACAAUGCUGGUCCUAAGAUACAGAGCAAGAGAGAAAAGGACAGAAGAGAUUAUGAGAAAAUGAACUCUCUGCUUGAUGAUACUGCUAGUUCUCAUAUGUUGCAGAAAAGUGUGGGUGGCGGUAAUAAGAUAGAGCAAACCUUUCCAGAAAGUACAUUGGAUUAUUCGCAAGGCUUCUCGGCAACUCACUUUCAGGACAAAACAGCAUUACAAGAACGGUAUGGCUAUCUGCAUACGGAAAUUCUAAAUAACCAGUUAGCUUUUAUGGAUUCAAGUAAUGAUUAAAGUGAAUCUUAUAGUCCUUACGAAAGAAGUACUAUAAAAGAAACCCACAGGUGAAUGGAUCGGAUCGACUAAAGACAGGCUCUCAAAUCUCCAAUGGAUCGGAAU